CCGUCAAAACUUUCACAGAUGAUCUGUCAUACUAGCAUCUCCAAUCUUUCGAGUUGAGCGAAAGAAGAAUAAUGGAUAUCAAAACUUUUAUCACGAGAACUUUUAUGGCAUUAGUGAUAUUAUUUAGUACAUUUUGCCCAUCUGCUGAAUUGAGGGGAGAUACACAAUCAUCAAUCUUCAAGAAGAGAGAGAAAAGAAGGAACCAACUAGAACAUAUUAUGGACUUCAGAAUUGUCGGUGGAACCGAAGCCUCUAUCAAGGAUUUUCCAUACAUGGUAUCUUUACAGGUGAAUUCGAAUCAUUUUUGUGGGGGUUCAAUUGUCACAAAAUCUUUUGUUCUCACUGCUGCUCAUUGUGUUGUCAAAGCUAGAGAAGGUGAAGAUUCCUGGAUAGUAGGAGAUCCACUACUAUUGAAUGUGGUAGCAGGACAAACAGUACUUGAUCUUGGCGAAUGUCAAUUUCGAGACGUGAAGAAAAUACAUGUACAUUCGAAAUUUAACUUUACAUCAGUACGGAACGAUAUCGCUCUGCUUGAAAUUUUUGGACAUUUCGAAAUGAACAAAUAUACACAAGUAGCUCAAAUAGCCUCUAAAGUCCAUCCGAAAUUUGAAACUUAUGAUUUUUGUACAGCUAUCGGAUGGGGAAUUAUGGAACCAGUGGAAACUGACUUGAAAAAAGCUAUUUCAGAUAGAAAUAUCCUACAACAAGUGGAUCUACACCCUUCGUUACAUAGUACCUGUGAGAAAUUUUUUGCUGCUGCUCCAUAUUUAUAUGAUCGAAGCAAGUUGUGUAUCAUCGUUAGUGAGGAGAAAGAUGCAUGCUUAGGAGAUUCUGGCGGACCGUUCAUCUGUAAUGGUAUUCAGUAUGGAAUCAUUUCCUUUGGAUUAGGUUGUGCCCAAAUGAAUAUGCCUGGUGUGUUUACAAAUGUAUCAACAUUUCAUGAUUGGAUUUAUGCAGUAAUCAAUAAUACGGAGACUCAGGUCGUAACCAGAAUGGUAGAAGUUGAAAAUCUAACUAACGCUUCGUUCUUUAUGGAGACUAGGAUCAGUCAAGAAUCAAAGAACUGCCAAGUAAAUCUGAAAUGUUUCUUCUUUUUGAGGAAUUUCAUUAUUUUAUGUCUUGCUAUGUUCAUGUCCAAAUUUUUUCCAAGAAUUUUUCAUGUACUACAACACGAUAUACUAUAUUUUAUAUGAAAAAAAAUAGUAAAGGAAAUAGAAUAUGCUUUUAUUU